AUCCGCCUCCAUUCUCCACACCCAUCCUUGUAUCCUGUCUCACUCAAAUCCUUUAAGUAAAACUACUAAAACAAGAAGGAUGCAGCGUCUGGUGUGGCUAUGUCUGUGUGUGUUAGCAAUGGCGGGUAUCGCCAUGGGAGCAGCUCCAAGAAAGCCGGUGGCUGUGCCUUUUGGUAGGAACUACGUACCCACCUGGGCAUUCGACCAUAUCAAAUACUUCAACGGCGGUUCCGAGAUCCAGUUGUCUCUGGACAACUACACCGGCACCGGCUUCCAAUCCAAAGGCUCCUACCUCUUCGGCCAUUUCAGUAUGCAGAUUAAAAUGGUUCCCGGAGAUUCCGCCGGCACCGUAACCGCCUUCUAUCUUUCAUCCCAAAACUCGGAGCAUGAUGAAAUAGAUUUUGAGUUCUUGGGGAACAGAACAGGGCAGCCGUAUAUUUUACAGACUAAUGUUUUCACCGGCGGGAAGGGUGACCGGGAGCAACGCAUCUAUCUCUGGUUUGACCCCACCAAAGCUUACCAUUCUUACUCUGUUCUCUGGAAUCUUUACCAGAUUGUGUUUUUUGUGGAUGAUGUUCCAAUCAGGGUGUUUAAGAACAGCAAAGAUUUGGGAGUGAGAUUUCCAUUCAACCAACCGAUGAAGAUAUACUCGAGUUUAUGGAAUGCCGAUGAUUGGGCGACCAGAGGUGGGUUGGAGAAGACCGAUUGGUCAAAGGGACCUUUUGUUGCAGCAUACAAGAGUUUCCACAUCGACGGCUGUGAGUCAUCGGUAAAUGCUAAAUAUUGUGCGACCCAAGGCAAACGGUGGUGGGACCAGAAAGAGUUUCAAGAUCUCGAUGCUUAUCAGUGGCGCCGUCUCCGGUGGGUGCGUCAACAGUUCACCAUUUAUAACUACUGCACUGAUCGGAAAAGGAUAUUUGGGGCCUUUUUCAGGAAGCAUCGCAACCUUGAUUUGGCCAUGAAGAGAACCAGCCUCCCUCGUGGAUUAUCCGAUAGGCAAAACAGCAAUGUUGAUGCCCCUUCACUUCGCCUCUACCAAGUCUGGAAAGGAAACAACAUUUUUGCUUGCGGAGGUAGAUUAAUAUUUGGUCCUGAUGCCAGGUCCCUAAACCUUACAAUCUGCCUCAUUGUGGUUCCAGUAAUCUUGUUUUGCUCCCUUGUUUCUCAAAGUCUUUUGGUUCACUUUCCCGAUACUGUAGGCCUUGUUUUAGUAGCGAUUCCUGCUGUCUUCACUGUAUAUAUUCUUAUCCUUAUCUUCCUUGUUUCUGGAAGAGAUCCUGGCAUAAUCCCCCGAAAUCCACCAUAUCCGGAACCUGAUGAUGAUUGGGAUGCUUCUAGCAUCUCUACAGACUGGGCAGCUGGUCAUAGUGGUCGAUUUCUACCACCUACAAAAAGUAUUAACGUUAACGGAACAAUCGUUAGGGUCAAAUUCUGCAACACUUGCAUGAUUUAUCGCCCACCAAGAUGCUCUCAUUGCUCUGUUUGCAAUAAUUGUGUUGACCGCUUUGACCAUCAUUGCCCAUGGGUGGGCCAAUGUAUCGGCAAGAGGAAUUAUCGAUACUUUUUCAUGUUUGUAACGGCAACAGCACAACUAUGCCUUUAUGUUUUCGCUAUGUGUUGGGUAAACAUCAUCAUGACUAUGCAAUCCGACAAUAACACUGUCUCCGAAGCUCUUCUGAAGUCACCGGUAUCCAUAGCUCUCAUAACAUACACGUUUACAGUUUCAUGGUUCGUUGGAGGCUUAUCUGCUUUUCAUCUUUAUCUCGUCAUCACCAACCAGACUACUUAUGAAAACUUCCGGUAUAGAUAUGAAAGAAAGAAGAACCCAUUUAACCAUGGAUGUGCGCACAAUUUCAAGGAAACACUCUUUUCAAAAACACCCCGUUCCCAAAAUAAUUUUCGGGGGUUUGUGAAGCCGGAAGUUUAUAUGCAGUACAACAGUUCGAAAUACUUUGGGUAUGCAUUCAGCUUAAACUUUUCCAAGAAAAGUUAUGACACAGAUAUUUCUGAGGAUUCAAAUGACUUUGAGUUGGAAAGAUGUGAGACAUAUGGAAUGGAUCAUUCAAGCAAAUGGGGCUCUGCUCCUGAUUUGCAUAGAUUGGCAUCAAAGUUUAUAACAGAAAAUGUAAGCAGAGAUAAAGAGAAGAGAAUUGAAGGAGAUUCAAGAGAAUAGAAAGGCAAAAGAGGUAGAAUAGGUGUCUUCCCUGUAAUAUGAAGAUGAGGAUUAUGUAAAGAUAGAGGACGAUUUUGGGACCCAGUUGUUUGCAACAGACAACAUUACAACACGUGAAUUCUAGUUCGUCUUUUUGAACAAUGAUUGUAAAUAAUGGCCUUUUUGAACAUGGGUGUACAAAUGGAUG